AUGAUUUCCAAACAUACUUUUUUAGGUACGGCCGGCGUUUUAUGGUGUUUUCUUUGGUUCUUCUAUGUUUCGGAUCGACCGUCACAUAGUAAACGUAUUUCUAAGAAAGAGCUAAACUAUAUUGAAAAUUCGUUAGCUGACAUAUUAGCACCGGAUUCCAAGAAGAAAAGACCAGUGCCAUGGCUUGCAAUAUUCAAGUCGGUUCCUGUUUGGGCUGUAUUCUGUGGUCAUUUUGCCGGUGAUUGGGGUGGCCACAUGAUGAUAACCACUCUUCCGCUAUUCAUGAAUGAUGUUUUGGGAUUAGAUUUUGCUUCGCUUGGAUUUUUAACAGCAAUUCCAUAUCUCACAUAUUUUGUAUGUAUGAAUUUGGGUGGUUUUACCGCCGAUAAACUACAAAAAGCAAAUGUCUUAUCGACUAUAGCAAUUCGACGUAUUGCUAUGAUCGUUUCACUUGGAAGUCAAGCUGUAUUUCUCAUUGCUAGCGGUUAUUGCGGUUGUGGUCAGGAGAUCCUAGUGAUCAUAUUUCUUACCCUUGGUAUUGGUUUAUCUGGAAUACAGUAUUCCGGUUAUAUGGUCAGUUAUCUUGAUAUCGCACCAGCAUUUGCUGGACCUAUAUUAGGUAUUGGCAAUACAAUACCAUGCAUCGCUGGGAUCAUAGGCCCAGUGAUGGUUGGCUAUCUCACUCCUACGGUAAGCCUUAGUGGAUUUUAUGGCUUUCUUCUGUUUGUUACAUAUCGUUGGCAUUUUUACCACAUUUAG